AUGAAAGAUGCUGCAGUGGUGUGUAGAGAGCUGCGCUGUGGGGAGGCUGUAGAGCUGCGGUAUUGGGCUACGUUUGGAGAAGGUCAGAAUUUGAGACUCACUGCUGGUCCUCACCGGUGCUCUGGGAGAGUGGAGGUGCUUCUUGGAGGUUCCUGGUCCACAGUGUGUGAUGCUGACUUUGACCAGCAGGAUGCAGAGGUUGUGUGUCGAGAGCUGAGCUGUGGGAUUCCUGUGGAGGUUCUGGGAUCAGCUGCUUUUGGCCGAGGGGAGGGUCACACAGGGGCGCGGCUGGUGAAGGGACCGGACUCCUGUUCUGGUCGAGUGGAGCUCCAGUACCUCAGUGACUGGGGCACAGUUUGUGCUGUAGGCUGGGAUAUGAGAGCUGCAGAUGUUCUCUGUGCACAGCUGGAUUGUGGGAGUGCUGUGGCUGUGGUGGAGGUGGACUGGUUUGGGGAGGGGAGUGGCCACAUCUGGGCUGAUGUGUUUGAUUGUCAGGGGAACGAGACACACCUAUCACAAUGUGACAUCUCAUCAUGGAGUCGAGCUGCAUGCUCUCAUAAACACGAUGCUGGAGUCGUCUGUAAUGGAUCAUCCGUGGCGUUUCAUGAGGGGCGAGUGCGGUUGUCUGGAGGGAGCGAGUGUCAGGGGGAGGUGGAGAUUUAUUUCAGGCAGGACUGGAGGAGAGUUCUCCUGGACUCGUGGAGUCUGUCUGAGGCGUCUGUGCUCUGCAGACAGCUGGGCUGUGGCUACAUGCUGAACUACCGCUCCUCUCCAUCCACCACUGAACACAAACACAUGUGUGUAACGGGUUUCAGCUGCUCUGGGAGUGAAGCUCAUCUGGGGAACUGCAGCAGUGCACAACCUGUCAACUGCAGCUCCGGGGAACAGCUGUACAUCACCUGCUCAGACCCCAGCUCCAUCAGACUGGUCGGUUCUGGGGGAGACUGUGCAGGAAGGCUGGAGGUUUUCCACAGCGGCUCGUGGGGGACAGUGUGUGAUGACUCGUGGGAUAUUGAGGAUGCGCAGGUGGUGUGCAGACAGCUGCAGUGUGGAGUGGCCCUCAGUACCCACAUACCAGCCUGGUUUGGUCCUGGAACUGGGUCCAUAUGGCUGAAUGAGGUGGAGUGUGAGGGGAACGAGACGUCCCUGUGGAACUGCAGAUUUCAGCUGUGUGAAGAGGGUGAAUGUGGACACCAGGAGGACGUAGGAGUCGUGUGCUCAGAGUUUAAAGAGAUCCGACUCACGGAGGGCUGUGAGGGGAAUCUGGAAGUGUUCUACAAUGGAACCUGGGGUAAUGUGUGUCACAAUCAGAUGGAGUUAGAAACAGCAGAUAUGGUGUGUCGAGAGCUGAACUGUGGAAGACGCGAGCGUUUGGACUCGGCCAGAGCGAGAGUCGAAUCUGCUCCUAACUGGCUGGAUCAUGUGAAAUGUAGGAAACACGACUCUAAUCUGUUGAAGUGUCCAUCUUCACCCUGGGGACAGAACAGAUGUGAUAAUCGUGAUGAGGUGGUUCAGAUUACCUGCACAGACGAUGGAACGUCUCUACGUACUCAUGGAACAUGCUCGUCAUUUCCUCUUCAGAAAUAUUGCUCAAGUAAGGACACUUAAAUCUGCAGCUUGAUAAGGAAAGAGUUACUGUUUCUACCCAGAAGUUGAUUAUUUUCCUGUAACAGCAGGUCCUGAAGUGAUUUAUUCCUCUAAUAACACAGCAAUAAACCAACGAUUACAUUUUUUAGAU